AUGAUAUUAGGACAACAAUUUAGUCGCUAUCGUGAAAAGAUAGUAACAUAUACUAACCAACGUAUACAUGCAUUUGAGGAAUUUAUCAAUGGGUGUCAAACAAUCAAAAUUUAUAAUUGGGAAAAGUAUAUUGAGACUCGUGUAAUUCGAAUACGUGAACUUGAACUAGCAGCUAUUCGUCGUACAUCUUUUCUUCGUGCUAUUAAUGUAGCUGUAUUCUUCGCAGCAAUGCCUUUGAUUGGGUUUUCUACAUACGUCGGUGCUUGGUUUACUGGACGUCAGUUAAAAGUAAUUGAUAUCUUUAUAACUCUUGGAUUCUAUAGUCAAAUUCGUGAUCCUAUCAUGUAUGCUUUACCAUUGGCGAUCGAAAAAUUUAUCGACCUUCGACUGGCAUGGCAAAGAAUUGACAGACUCAUUCAGCUAAUGAUAAAAGAAGGAGAUCGAACUUUGCAUACAUUUGACAUCGAUCAUUAUCAGCAAAAAGGAGCAAUUACGAUGUGGAAUGCUUCAUUUUCAUGGAAUGGUCAUGAUGACUGUCUUUCAUCACUCAAUAUUGAUAUUAAACCAGGCACAUUUGUAGGUAUUACUGGAGUGUCGUGGUUUGGCAUGCGUCGAUUGACUGAAGCCCAAAAUUUGAUGACUAGUGCAGAACGUAUUGAUGAAUAUGCACGUUUAUCACAGGAAGAAGACAACGGAGGCUCUAAAAGAUUAAUCAGAACUCCAACAGAUUGGCCGAAUCGCGGAGCGAUCGAGUUUCGAAAUUAUUCACUACGUUAUCGAUCUAAUCUCGAACCAGCUCUGAGAAAUAUCAAUCUAGCAAUCAAACCUUGUGAAAGAAUAGGAAUUAUGGGUCGGACAGGUGCAGGCAAAUCAUCUCUCUUUCAAAGUCUAUUACGUCUAGUUGAUCGAUCGACCAUCGAUGGUAACAUUUUAAUUGACGAUAUUGAUAUAAGUCGUAUUACACUGAACCAUCUUCGUUCUCAUAUCAGUGUCAUUCCACAACAGUUCGUGCUCUUUGCUGGAACUCUUCGAUCCAACAUCGAUCCGUUAGAUGCUUAUUCGGAUGAACAAUGUUGGACGGCACUCGAAGCUGUACAACUAAAAUCAAUGGCUUCUCAUCAUCCAGCGGGUCUUCUAAUGCCAGUGGCAGAAUCGGGUAGUAACUUGAGCAUUGGUCAAUGUCAAUUAAUUUGCGUUUGUCGAGCUAUUCUCAAGUCAAGUAAAAUAUUAUUGAUUGAUGAGGCAACGGCUAAUGUUGAUAACGACACUGAUCAAAUGCUACAAUCGAUCAUUGCAGAAAUAACUAAGAAUCGAACAGUGUUAACAAUAGCACAUCGUUUGAAUACAGUAAUCGGUAGCGACCGUCUUCUAGCUGUGGAUAAUGGCAUGAUAGUCGAUUUCGAUGUACCGAAUAAAGUUUUAAAGUGUUUUCAAUGA